AUGAAGAACACAGAGGAACUGAAGAUGGUGCUCCUGUUUGCAGUCUUCAUGCUUUUUUUGAAGACUUCAUAUGUUUGUUCUUGGAUUCCUGGUAAAUGUGUCUUCUACAGUGAUAUGGAAGGGUUAACAUUAGCCUCAACCUAUGCUGGACAAACAAACAUUGCUAAAUGCGUUAGUGUCACGGACAUUAAAGAAGACCUUCAUGGACUUCCUGCAAACGUACUAAAUCUUUACAUUAAGAUGGAUUUGCACUCUCAUGGUGUCUUGCCUCCAAACUCCUUCUCAAAUUUGGCUUCACUGGAAUACCUUGAGAUUACUGGAUGUUUUUCAGAGAUCCCUCCAGAAGCAUUUAGUGGAUUACCACAUCUAACUUCACUAAAAAUAUCUUCCUUCAGUUCAGAAAACUGGUGUAAGGUAGCUCUUGAUUUCAGUCACCUUCCCUCACUUACCACUUUGUCAAUUUCAUAUUAUCGUUUAUCAUUAUUGGAACCAAAUGUUUUUGAAAACAUUCCUCAUUUGCAAAACUUAUACUUAUUUGAUGUUUGUUUGAAGAAUAUGUCUGAGAUUCUGUGCAGACUUACAAAUGUAAAAAAACUGAAGCAGUUUUAUUUAUCUGAUGAUGCUCUAACUCACCUUCAGAAGCCAAACUGCUCAGUUUUUAACACCUCUGACAUUUCUACUGAGUUCAAUAUUGAAUAUGCAGAUUUGUAUCUGAAAAGUGUAGAACAAGUAGAUGAGGGAGCUUUGAAGGUUUUUGGAAAGUUGUUCAGCAUUAGUUUUGGUUCCAGCACAGAUUUCCUCAGAUAUCUUUCUUUGAUUGGAGUACAUCAAAUCACUGUUUUGUAUGUUGAUGUGGAUGUACUUAACGCUGAUGAUUUGUGUACAGCAGCAAAGUUAUAUUCCAUUGAGAGUAUAUUUGCUUAUUACAAUACAAUUAACUUACCACCAACUCAAACUGAGAUUUCAGAGGGCUGUAAAAAUAUUAAGAACAUUAUGCUGAACAAACAUGCAAAUGCAAACAUCUUAGAUGUAUAUUCUGUCUUUCAGUUAUUCAGCAACCUUACCAGUAUUAAAAUAUUUCUCCAUAUGUUCAGAUCAGAUGAUUUCCAGUCUAUUUGUGCUUCACAUGCACAAGCAGUCCAACAGAUUUCUGUCAUGAGUUUAGGUCCUUAUAUAGAUUAUAUAGUUUCCCGCCAAUUCAUGUGUUUUACAAAUCUCAUAAAACUGGAAUUAUUUAAUAAUCAAAUCUUUAACAUAGAAGAUUUUGCUUUCCUUGGACUGAACAAGCUGGAAGAAUUAUACCUCUGUGGCAACAAGUUAUCUCAUAUUCAUCAACACACAUUCAGUGGCUUACAUGAACUGACGGUUCUGGAUGUCCAAGGAAAUCGAAUAAUUUACAUUGAGCCAAAAUCGUUUGGGCAUUUUAUGAACAUUAGCACACUUCUGUUGGGAGAUCUGAACUUCUCUCCUGACAUGUCAUUGAUCAAAGUGAAUUUAUCCGAUAUAUUUGAUGGAAUUCCAUGUAAUUUGAGCAAUCUUUUCAUUAGUUCAGGCCUGAGACCAAUGCAUCUUGUUAUCGGGAGUAAUACUACACUGAAUCAUGAGCUAAACUUACGCAUCAAAGGCCAAUAUGUGAUUGUUGAGGACUGCAAUAGUUUGUUUUUGACAUCUGUAGUCUCACUUCAGAUAAAUGCAGCAUAUGUGAGCUGUGAAAAUGAAUUCAUUGGCAAAUAUGUCCGAUCUGUUGUCAGUCUGGAAUUUCAUUCAAAGUUCUCUGACAAUAUUGGAGACUUGACUGUGGUCAAUCAGCUUGUUCAUUUAAAAACUCUAAUACUGGGAUGCGUAGACUUAAAAAAUCAGCCGAACUUGGCCAUAAUGUUUCAUAAUCUGACAAAACUCGAGACUCUAAUUCUGGCAAACUGCAGAAUAUUCUUUCUGGAUGGAAGUCUGACCAAAGAUUUAACCGCACUGAGAAAACUCAUUCUUAUCCCAACUAACACUGUCAAUAUUCUACAAACUUUUGUCGAACAUCUCACUGAUUUGGAGUACGUUUAUUUUGAAGGCUUGGGUCUGUACUGCAGUUGUGAUAGUGCAUGGCUGGUCUCAUGGGCAAAGGAAAAGAAGAAGGUGGAGGUCAGCAUGUUCAACCCAACCAUGCAAGAAUUGCAGUGUUUGAUUGAAAAUGAAGUUGACCAACUCAACUUUGUCAGCUACGUCAAGGAGAACUGUUCAUUUGACAUAGAGUUUGUGUUCUUCGCCAGUACUGCUGUCUUUCUGUGCAUCUUUAUUGUUGUGGUCCUGAUGUACAAAUUUGUAGGCCAGUACUUCAAGCCGUUCUAUCACAUCGCCAGUGGAUGGUUUCGAGAGGUUUUGCGUAUGAAGGAGAAGCAGCAGUACCGCUAUGAUGUUUUUGUGUCCUACAGUAGUAAGGAUGAGCACUGGGUCAUGGAGAAACUUCUUCCAAACUUAGAGCAGCGUGGACCUCCAUUUUUGCGCAUCUGUCUGCACAGUCGGGACUUUCAGUUGGGACACGACAUUGUGGAAAACAUCACAGACAGCAUCUACGCAAGUCGCCGGACUCUUUGUCUCAUCAGUCGCAACUACCUCGGUAGCAACUGGUGCUCACUGGAGAUGCAGCUGGCCACUUUUCGGCUCCAGGUCGAACACAGAGACAUUCUUAUCCUGGUCUUCCUAGAAACCAUUCCAUCUCGCCUGCUUUCCUCCCACCACAGACUGGCCCGUCUGGUAAAAACUAGGACCUAUCUGGACUGGCCACAGGACCCGGAGAGGCAUGAAGCAUUCUGGCACAGGUUGUGGUGUAAACUGAGCUCUAAUAAAGCCAGCUAGUCUUUCCUUCUGUUUAUUGGGGAGUUGCUUAAAACUAUUAAAAACUCUCUUUUGCAAAGUGAGCAAUAGUUCCAGUAAUGUC